CGGCCGCUGCGAGCCGGGACGCCGGGUCCCCCCCGCAGUGUCCGUCUCGCGGGGUUUCCGGGCUCCCGCCUCUUCGCCGGCCAGGGCCAUGCAGGAGAGCCAGACCAAGAGCAUGUUCGUGUCCCGGGCCCUGGAGAAGAUCCUAGCCGACAAGGAGGUGAAGCGGCCCCAGCACUCGCAGCUGCGCAGGGCCUGCCAGGUGGCGCUCGAUGAAAUUAAAGCAGAAAUUGAGAAGCAGAGGCUUGGUGCUGCCGCCCCACCAAAGGCAAACUUCAUUGAAGCUGACAAGUAUUUCCUUCCAUUCGAACUGGCUUGCCAGUCCAAGUCCCCCCGGGUGGUCAGCACAUCCCUCGACUGCUUACAGAAGCUCAUCGCUUAUGGCCACAUCACCGGCAAUGCCCCCGACAGUGGCGCCCCUGGGAAGCGGCUGAUCGACAGGAUUGUUGAAACCAUUUGCAAUUGUUUUCAGGGCCCUCAGACGGAUGAAGGGGUUCAGUUACAAAUAAUUAAGGCUCUUCUGACAGCAGUGACUUCUCCGCACAUUGAAAUUCAUGAGGGCACGAUCCUGCAGACAGUGAGGACAUGUUACAAUAUCUAUUUGGCCAGCAAAAAUCUCAUCAAUCAAACCACUGCCAAGGCCACACUCACCCAGAUGCUGAACGUCAUUUUCACCCGCAUGGAAAAUCAAGUGUUGCAGGAGGCUAGAGAAUUGGAAAAACCAAUCCAGUCGAAACCCCAGUCCCCUGUGAUCCAGGCCACAGCAGGAUCCCCAAAGGUCAACCGAUUGAAGCAGGACCAGGCACAAAGCAAACCAACAACUCCUGAGAAAACAGAUUUGCCCAACGGUGAACAUGCCAGGAGUGGCCUAGAAAAAGUGAGCUCAGAAAAUGGAAAUGUUACACCAGAAAGAGGUCCACCUCUCUCAGGGAUUGACGACGGGGCCCAGGAAGUGGUGAAGGACAUCUUAGAAGAUGUAGUCAGGUCUGCUGUGAAAGAAGCAGCAGAAAAGCACGGUCUGAUGGAACCCGACAGGGUCCUGGGUGCCCUCGAGUGCCAGGAAUGUGUUGUUGCCCCAGGAGUGGAUGAAAACUCACAGACCAAUGGCAUAGCAGAUGACAGGCAGUCAUUGUCGUCGGUGGAUAAUCUGGAACCAGAUAUGCAAGGACAGCAUGUGGCUACUAGGUUUUCUCACAUUCUGCAGAAGGAUGCCUUCCUGGUAUUUCGUUCCCUGUGCAAGUUGUCCAUGAAACCCCUUGGAGAAGGACCCCCAGACCCAAAGUCCCAUGAACUGCGUUCCAAGGUGGUGUCCCUGCAGCUGCUCCUCUCCGUGCUACAAAAUGCUGGCCCAGUCUUCAGGACUCAUGAGAUGUUCAUCAAUGCAAUCAAGCAGUAUCUUUGUGUGGCCUUGUCCAAGAAUGGUGUCUCUUCAGUGCCUGAUGUCUUCGAACUGUCUCUCGCCAUUUUUCUUACUCUUCUUUCAAACUUUAAAAUGCACUUAAAAAUGCAGAUAGAGGUCUUCUUCAAAGAGAUUUUCCUCAACAUUUUAGAAACCUCCACAAGUUCCUUUGAGCACAGGUGGAUGGUCAUUCAGACCCUGACGAGGAUCUGCGCAGAUGCCCAGUGUGUUGUGGAUAUUUAUGUCAACUACGACUGUGAUUUAAAUGCUGCUAACAUUUUUGAGCGCCUAGUAAAUGAUUUAUCCAAAAUCGCUCAGGGAAGAAGUGGACAUGAGCUGGGAAUGACACCUCUACAGGAGCUCAGUCUGAGGAAGAAAGGCCUGGAGUGUCUCGUGUCCAUUCUCAAGUGCAUGGUGGAAUGGAGCAAGGACCUGUAUGUGAAUCCCAACCACCAGGCCAGCCUCGGUCAGGAGCGGCUCACAGAUCAAGAAAUAGGUGAUGGCAGAGGCCUUGACAUGGCAAGACGGUGCAGUGUGACAUCCAUGGAGUCCACGGUGUCCUCAGGGACCCAAACAACCAUCCAGGAUGACCCAGAGCAGUUUGAGGUCAUCAAGCAACAAAAGGAAAUCAUUGAACAUGGCAUUGAGCUGUUUAACAAGAAGCCUAAGCGGGGGAUCCAGUUUCUCCAAGAGCAGGGCAUGCUGGGGACAGCAGUCGAGGACAUUGCCCAGUUCCUGCACCAAGAGGAGCGCCUGGAUUCUACCCAAGUCGGUGAAUUUCUGGGUGAUGGCACGAGGUUCAACAAGGAGGUGAUGUAUGCCUAUGUGGACCAACUGGACUUCUGCGAAAAAGAGUUUGUCUCAGCCCUGAGGACAUUCCUAGAAGGCUUCCGCCUGCCUGGAGAAGCCCAGAAGAUUGACCGGUUAAUGGAGAAGUUUGCUGCAAGAUACAUAGAGUGUAACCCAGGGCAAACUCUUUUUGCUAGUGCUGACACUGCAUAUGUGCUAGCAUAUUCCAUAAUUAUGCUAACAACAGACUUGCACAGCCCUCAGGUAAAAAAUAAAAUGACAAAAGAGCAGUAUAUUAAAAUGAACCGGGGUAUCAACGAUAGCAAAGAUCUCCCAGAAGAAUAUCUCUCCAGCAUCUAUGAGGAGAUCGAGGGCAAGAAAAUUGCAAUGAAAGAAACAAAAGAGCAUACAAUUGCAACAAAAUCUACUAAGCAGAACGUUGCCAGUGAGAAGCAGCGACGGCUGCUGUACAAUCUGGAAAUGGAGCAAAUGGCAAAGACAGCCAAGGCUCUGAUGGAGGCCGUGAGCCACGCCAAAGCCCCCUUUACGAGCGCUACACACCUGGACCAUGUCCGGCCCAUGUUCAAGCUGGUGUGGACACCACUGCUGGCAGCCUAUAGCAUCGGAUUACAGAACUGUGAUGACACCGAAGUGGCCUCCCUGUGCUUAGAAGGGAUCCGAUGUGCAAUCCGAAUCGCAUGCAUCUUCGGCAUGCAGUUGGAACGAGAUGCCUAUGUGCAGGCCCUUGCUCGCUUCUCCCUGCUGACGGCCAGCUCCAGCAUCACAGAAAUGAAGCAGAAGAACAUCGAUACCAUAAAGACACUGAUUACUGUGGCUCACACUGAUGGCAACUACCUUGGGAACUCCUGGCAUGAGAUCUUGAAAUGCAUCAGCCAGCUGGAGCUCGCUCAGCUGAUAGGAACCGGGGUGAAGACCCGCUACCUGUCUGGCUCUGGGCGGGAAAGAGAAGGGAGCCUGAAGGGCCACAUGCUAGCAGGAGAAGAGUUCAUGGGUCUCGGCCUCGGUAAUUUGGUGAGUGGUGGCGUGGAUAAAAGACAAAUGGCCAGCUUCCAGGAGUCUGUCGGUGAAACCAGCUCACAGAGUGUGGUUGUCGCAGUGGACAGAAUUUUUACGGGCUCCACAAGACUAGAUGGAAAUGCAAUAGUUGACUUUGUCCGCUGGUUGUGUGCUGUGUCCAUGGAUGAACUGGCUUCCCACCAUCACCCUCGCAUGUUCAGCUUGCAGAAGAUCGUGGAGAUCUCAUACUACAACAUGAAUCGGAUCCGGCUGCAGUGGUCCCGCAUAUGGCAUGUCAUUGGCGAUCAUUUCAAUAAGGUUGGCUGUAACCCCAAUGAAGAUGUGGCUAUCUUUGCCGUUGACUCACUAAGGCAGCUCUCCAUGAAGUUCCUGGAGAAGGGUGAAUUAGCCAACUUCCGGUUCCAGAAAGAUUUUCUGAGACCCUUUGAGCAUAUUAUGAAGAAAAACAGGUCCCCAACCAUCCGGGACAUGGUGAUCCGCUGCAUUGCACAGAUGGUGAGUUCCCAGGCAGCCAACAUCCGCUCCGGCUGGAAGAACAUCUUCGCUGUGUUCCACCAGGCUGCCUCUGACCACGAUGGGAACAUUGUGGAGCUAGCCUUCCAGACCACAGGCCACAUCGUCUCAACUGUGUUCCAGCACCAUUUCCCUGCAGCCAUCGACUCCUUUCAGGAUGCAGUGAAGUGCUUGUCAGAGUUUGCCUGUAAUGCCGCUUUCCCUGACACCAGCAUGGAGGCCAUCCGCCUCAUCCGCUUCUGUGGGAAAUACGUUUCUGAGAGGCCUCGGGUGCUGCAAGAAUACACAAGUGAUGACAUGAAUGUAGCUCCUGGCGACAGAGUCUGGGUCCGUGGCUGGUUCCCCAUCUUAUUUGAGCUCUCCUGCAUCAUUAACAGAUGCAAGUUAGAUGUGCGGACAAGAGGACUCACCGUCAUGUUCGAGAUCAUGAAGAGUUACGGCCACACCUUUGAAAAGCACUGGUGGCAGGACCUGUUCAGAAUCGUGUUUCGGAUUUUUGACAAUAUGAAACUCCCCGAGCAACAGUCAGAGAAGUCGGAGUGGAUGACGACAACCUGUAAUCACGCACUUUAUGCUAUCUGUGAUGUGUUUACACAGUUCUAUGAAGCUUUGAAUGAGGUGCUGCUCUCUGAUGUAUUUGCACAGCUGCAGUGGUGUGUUAAACAAGAUAAUGAACAGUUGGCUCGGUCAGGUACAAAUUGCUUAGAAAACUUAGUAAUCUCCAUCGGAGAGAAAUUCAGUCCUGAAGUCUGGGAUGAGACGUGCAACUGCAUGUUGGAUAUUUUCAAGACCACCAUCCCCCACGUCUUGCUGACGUGGAGACCUGCAGGAAUGGAGGAAGAGACAACAGAAAAAUCCUGGGAUGUGGAUAUGGACCGGCAGUCUUUAAGCAGCAUAGACAAAAAUGCCUCUGAGAGAGGCCAGAGCCAGCUUUCCAACCCAACUGAUGACAGCUGGAAGGGUAGACCAUAUGCGAAUCAGAAACUGUUUGCCAGCCUUCUCAUCAAGUGUGUGGUCCAGCUGGAGUUGAUCCAGACCAUCGACAACAUCGUGUUUUAUCCUGCCACCAGCAAAAAGGAGGAUGCGGAGCACAUGGUGGCUGCCCAGCAAGACACCCUGGAUGCUGAUAUCCACAUUGAGACAGAAGACCAGGGCAUGUACAAGUACAUGUCUUCCCGACACCUCUUCAAGCUAUUGGACUGUCUGCAAGAGUCCCAUUCAUUCUCCAAAGCGUUCAAUUCCAACUAUGAGCAACGGACUGUCCUGUGGCGAGCAGGCUUUAAGGGCAAGUCUAAACCCAAUCUUCUCAAACAAGAAACCAGUAGCCUAGCCUGUUGUUUAAGGAUCCUGUUUCGAAUGUACGUUGAUGAGAACCGCAAGGACUCCUGGGGUGAAAUUCAACAGCGACUUUUAACGGUGUGCAGCCAAGCACUUGCCUAUUUCAUCACAGUGAAUUCUGAAAGUCAUCGGGAAGCCUGGACAAACCUCUUGCUGCUACUUCUAACCAAAACCCUCAAAAUAAAUGAUGAAAAGUUCAAGGCACAUGCCUCCAUGUACUACCCUUACUUGUGUGAGAUUAUGCAGUUUGACCUGAUCCCCGAGCUCCGAGCAGUGCUGCGGAAGUUCUUCCUGCGGAUCGGCGUUGUAUAUAAGAUAUGGAUCCCAGAAGAGCUGCCGCAAGUGCCAGCCGCCCUGUCACCAGCAUGGUAGCACUGGCCCUGCCCACCACUGCAGCUCUGCAGGACAUGCAGCAUGCUAGCUCUGACUGGCAUGGUUCGUGAGGGAUCACACACAGAUGAGGAGCCACUUGCCUUCUUGGCUCCAGAAGGGCUUGGACAGGACUGGCCUAUACACUGGCCCAUCAUACUCCCCAGCCGGGGCUUGUGGUGUCUCAUUAAACCGUUGCACCAGUAACUCAGUGGGUGAGAGUCUGUUUCAUCUGUCAUUCCACUUUAUUGACUGAACCAUCUAAUCACUGGGAACACCAUGUCCUAGCACAGCUCUGUGACUGGUUAUAAACGUUUCGUUAGAGGAGGUCACGUUCCUUGAAAAUACUGCAUAUAGCUGUGUAGGUCGUGUUUGCUAGAAAGUAUGUUAAUAAACUUUCUUGUCAUGGCUAACUGCCACCUCAAGUACACUGGGUGUUUUGUUAGAGUGUGUUAGAGAAGUUGGAGUGUUUUUGUCAGUCACAAGUCAUCCACAGUUAGUUAGGGAAGUAGAGCAUAGAAAAGUUGUUUUAUGUUGUGUUUUGUUAAUGUCUGAGUGGUUUUUAAAGUAUUUCACAAAACAAAAGGUAUUUAAAAUUUGAUUGGAGGCAGAUUUUAGUAAAAUUAGGAGCUUGCAAGGUUAAAAAAACUGUAGUGUCUCAUGACUCUCCCUGUUUUAAUAACUUGGGAAGAAAAAAAUAAAGGAAAAAGUGAACAAUUUCUGAAAUAUGAUUAGCCUUCCUUGAGGUGAUUAUAGAUGAGUGCUUGGUUCCAGUUUCCAGAGCCCAUUGUCAUCCACCUCACACACACAAGCCUCCUUUAUGAAGUCAUUAUUUACCCAGAGGUCUUUUAUCUUUGAGUAAACAUUUUUAUUUUUACCUCAGAAGAAUGAGCGCCACUGCUUUGCACAGUCCCUUUGAAAGGGACCUUCAGAGAAGUAAUAGUAACUGUGUGAGGAGAGAGGGUCACUGCUUUGGGGCAACUACAGCUGAACUGAACUGUGACAAUGACAGGAAGUGACAGGUGCCUGCACUUGUGCUCAUCUGAGCCAGAAGCUGAACUCUUUGACAAGAUUAGAUUCAGAAGCCCUUGUGUUGAUGAUGGUCCCGUGCCCAAAUAUAAAAGCAGGCAGUUGGACAAGUGCACCCAAAGCCAUAGUGGCAUAUCUGGAAGCCCGAGUGAUUUUAAGUCCAUGAGGAGGAGAACACACACUUCGUUCUCUGCUCUCCCUCACUGCUCACCAGAGCAGCUGCGCAUUCAACCAUGCCACACACAGUGAUGAAAGCAUUCAGACUUCUACCUACAUUUGAGUCCUGUAAACUGGGUUGCAUUGACGUCAACUCUGGUGCCUUAGAUGUCAAUCAUUUGUUGAGAAUGUAUCUGUAGAGUCAAAUAUUUCUUUCUAAAGAAGGAUUUCUGGUGCUUUUGCUUGCUAAGAGACUGGUUUCUUAACAUUUUCUUUUCUAUUGUUUUUGACAGCCUUCAGAGCUGUUAGGUUUGGCCAGCAGUACUCUUACCUGCAUUUGUUUUUCCAAGAAAGUAUUUUAAUUUCUGUACCAAAGAAAAAGGACCAGUUGAGGUUUUUACUUUACAUGCAUCCGCUGAGAGGCCUGUGUCAUCUACAGAAAGGGACAAGAUCCUCUUGUAACUGGAAAGUAUGAGCACACUUGACUGAUGUGUCCUGAAAUCUGGUGUCUCCACACUACUUACGCUGGAGGCAGAAAUGGGGAACACACAGGCUCAGUCAGUGAAUAUCUCUUGUUUAAGCUAUAUCCUCAGUUGGUGGGGUUUCCUUGUCACGUGGCAUCUGUUCACCAGUGUAGCCUGUGUCCCCCUGCCUGCUCUUGAAUUUUUGCCUCCUGCAGGAUAGGAAUUGUCAGCAUGUUUCAUUACUUGCUGAGGUAUUCGGGCUUGAAUUUCUUGGGUUUUUUUGUUUUGUUUUGUUUUUUAAUCUUGCUUUGUAAAAGAUUUAAUUUUCUGAAUGAGGCAAUGGAUCUUUUCAAAACUGGACGUAAAACCAUUCAGGGUAAUUUUUCUUGUCAGUGGACAGUGACAGCCAGAGGACACCCCUGAGCUCCAGUAAUAAAUAAGCCAUUCAGUAUAAAUCCCUUGCUGGGACCACAUCUAUUCUUUCUCCUGACAAAUGCAGCUGGGGCCACUCAGACACUAGAGAAGAGUGUGUGUCACUCUGCACCGUCAGGCCAGAAUGCUGUUUGGAGUUUAACUGAGUUGUAGGAAGGACAAAUCCUCUACCGAGGCCUUAUUUCUUUCUCAGAAUGCUGGAAGUACCAGUCAUAUGUGUUAGGUCUCUAGAAAAACUUCUGUCACCAAACUGUUGUGUUUUAAGCACUUGCAUUUUUCUUCCUUGUCUGCUCGGGACGUCACCAGCAUGGGCAUCUUAACAACAGACAGAUGAUGGGAAACCUUAUUUCUAAUAUGCACCUGUAGAGUCCACUAUCCCUUUUCCUUGUACCCCUCACGUACAACCAAAGAACCUACGUAAAGACAAUUGUAUAGUAAUAUCUGGAACACAACACUUUCCUCUGACGGGUGACUUUUGUACAAAAUGCAGAAAACACACAAAAGCUGAACUUUUUUUUUUUUUUUUUUGCUGUUUUUUUGUGAUUCUGGCUACACAUUGAGUUGUCUUUCUAGUCAGUAGGAAUCACUGGCAAGCGGGUGUGUUUGUUGUUGGGCUGUGACGGAUACUGGUUUCAGAAGCUGGGUACUUCUGAAUUGUCUGUGUGUGUCAAGGGUUAGGCGCACCGCUAGAACUCACAUGAUCCCCUAGAGUUGUGCCACCAGCAGCUUUGCAGUUUGGGAAACAGAAAAACCAAAGCUGAGAAUGAAUAUAUCUGGAAACCCUUGCUCUCCAAAAGCAACACUCAUCCAAGGUGUAGUUUCUCUCAGUGUUCUCAUUUUUAAAACUGUUAUUUGCGUAUUUCUUAAUGUGCAAAGUGUAUGUUUUACCUCUUCAAAAUGCCUAAAAGUUAGUUCUUAGCUACUUUGAUUUAAUCUAUACACAAUGAUUAAGUGCAUUUAAUAUUGAUAAUUUAAUGAAAAGCAUUCCUUGCCCAAUGGAUGUAUACAUUUUUGAAAGAAUAAAGCAGAAUUAUAUAAUAUGAAAUGCUAUGUAAAGUUUUCUAUGUAAAAAUAUUAUGUAUAAUACUGUUACAUAUCCCAUGCUUUGAUCAGGUGGAGAAUCAAUAAAGUUUUAAAGUGUAAA